AUACUUUCCAACACACGGUCACACAUCCAUAUAUUCGUUGUUUUUGCCUGCGGGUUGGAAAUUAUGUUUUAUUAUUUGUCGCUUGAACUGUUUGUUCUCUGGGUCGAGUGUUUUUUGUUUUGCCUGAGUUCCUAAGGCUAAGCACAUAGUGGCGUUGAGUAAAUGGUCGUAAGAGCAACGAUUUAUUCAAAACUUAAUAAAGUAUACCAGUCGAAAAAGUGAGAAACUGCUCCACUAAAUAAACGCUAUUCUCAAACGAGUUAGCGUCAAAAUAUCGUAUAAAGUAUUUUGUCAAUUCGUUGGAAUACUUUUUAUUUUUUACUUUCGUUGUUUAUGUUACCUCAUAACUUUGGAUUUCGAUAAUUCUUUUGCUAUCGGCAAGGCGUUGUCUCAAGGGUGGUCCCAUACUAUUUUCGUUUAGUUGCGAUCAUUUGAUCAUGAAGCAAUUAACGGUACUAGUAAAUUUGUAUAUGAGAAUUGAGGUCGGUUUUGUUUUUUUUUUCUUAAAAAUUACUUGUUAGUUAUUUUAUUGUGACACCUGAAAAUAUCAAAGAAAUAGUAUCAAACGGCAACGACACGAAGCUCUCUCGUUUUUCUCUUCACUAUACGUGCGUUCCCCUUGAAACACUAGCCUAAGUCGUGCAGCUGACUGGACGAUUUCUCGUCGUUUGACUGUUGUGUUGCUCAAGUGAGUAUGCAGUUUUGAAAUUUAAAGCAGUGCGCUCAGUUGCAAUCGUUCUGCUGGACGAGAAAAUAGUUUGUCGGCAAUAAUAAAUAUAUAUAUAUAUAUUUUUUUUUAUGGAAGAGUGAUGUCGUCGCAAGUUGACUCAAAUUUCGAAGGCUGGGUUGUAAAAUUAAUUAGAUCCGUGGAGAGUAAACCCCCGUUGUAUAAUAAUGCCUUCAGAGAACAUUCAGACAGGCAUACAGUGGCGCGCUGCUGGACUGAAGUUUGCCGAGAUGUAAUUCCGGAAUGGAAAAGUUUGAGUGCCGAGGAAAAGGAGGUAAAAGAAAAAGAAAUACAACAGAAAUGGCGAAAUCUUCGUACAUCUUUUAGGAGAGAGAUAAGAACUCAAAAUAAAAUCAAAUGCAGUAAAACCGGUCACAAACGCCGAAAGUAUAUACAUUUUGACGAAAUGUUAUUCUUAUUGCCCUAUUAUACCCCGAACAAGGAAGAAUUUAACGAGACGAAUGUUGCCGAAGACGAAACGCAAGACGAAUCAAACUUCGAGGACUCGACUGUAAAAUUUAUAAAAAUCGUGGAGAGCAAACCCGCAUUGUAUAAUAAGAACCUGAAGGAAUAUUCAGACCGGCAUACAGUGGCACGCCUCUGGUUUGAAGUUUGCGCUGAGCUGGUUCCGGAAUGGGAGAGUUUGAGUGCUGCCGAAAAAGCAUUGAAGGCAAAAGAAACACUAUUUAAGUGGCGUAAUCUGCGUACAUCUUUCAAGCGUGAGUUAAAAGUCCAAACGAAAGCCAAAUAUGGUCAAGUGUCAUAUAAACGCCGAAAGUAUAUGUUUUUUGAUCAAUUAUUGUUUUUAUUGCCCUUCGUGGAGGAUAAGGAGGCGACGAAUAGUGAGUCGAAUGCUUAUCAAGUGGAUAUAGUACAAGACGAUGACCAGGACGACAGCGAGAAUGAAGCUCCAACAACGAAUAAGAGAAAAGCUCCAACAACCAGCAAGAAUGAAGAGGAUAUAGUGCAAGAAGACGAGCAAGACGACUUCGAAUAUGAAGCUCAAACACUCAGCGAGAUUGAAGCUCCAACAGCGAAUAAGAAAAAAGCUCCACCAAUCAGUAAGAAUGAAGCAAAACGCAGCGUAAAUGAAGCAUCAUUUGAAGAGAAUAUAGUACAAGAAGACGAGCAGGAAAGCUUUGGAUAUGAAGCUCCAACAACCAGCAUCAACAAAAUUAAGCGAAGCGCAAAUUCAGCGUCAUUUGAAGAGAUUCUCCUGGAUUUUCCGAAAGAAAUUGAUGAGGACAAAUCAUUUUUGAUUUCAUUGGUUCCCUCCUUCAAAAGAAUGACUCAAAGCCAAAAGAUAGAUGCGAAAAUUGGAAUUUUGUCAGUGAUAAAGCAAGUGACUCAGAAGACUUCUAAGUUAAGCUAUAAUUACAAACAUGAAAACUUUUCAAAUAAUUCUACUUUAGCGAGGUAUGAUAUUGCAGACGAUGACGCAUCUCCACAAUCUAGCUCUAAUGAUGUCUAUUAAUCGAUAAUAAAGUGAA